CCUCACUUGCCAAAUUCGUUCACAUUCAAUCGAGACAAGCCUUCAGCAUGUCUCGCAUGUCAAUACGGACCUUUCUGGUCACAGCCAAGAGAUGUUUACAGCAAGCAAUCAAGGAUCAAACGCCCACCUCAUUCGUCAUCGGCAAUGAAUCCGCAGAUCUCGACUCCAUCACCUCUGCCCUUGUAUACGGUUACAUACAAUCAAGUCAACUCGAAUCGAAACGCACUGGAAGGCUAUGGAUACCCGUGACCAACAUUCCAGCCUCAGACCUCGCUCUCAGACCCGAGCUCACUGCUCUUCUCAAGCACGCAGACAUCAAGCCAUCCGAGCUUAUCACUCUCGAUGAUCUAGGGCCUGAGCCACUCCCAGCAGAGAAGACCGAAUGGACACUCGUCGACCACAAUUCGUUCCUGGGUGAUUUGGGCAAAAUCUACUCUUCUCGCGUAGUCGCCGUAAUCGACCACCACGAAGAUGAGAGCAAAGUCCCGGCCAGCGCUUCCCCACGCGUGAUAAACAAAUCCGCCAGCUGCAAUAGCCUCGUCAUUAAUCAUCUCCGUCCCAGCUGGCAAAGUCUCGACUCCAUGGUCUCAUCCACGAUCGGCUCCGCACAAGCAGACUCGCGCCUCAUCGACGACUUUCCCUACGCCUCAACCUGGGACGCUCAAGUCGCCAAAUUGGCUCUUGGCUCCAUUCUCAUCGACAGCAUCAACAUAAAAGCUAAAGAAAAGAUUACUGAGCAUGAUACCAAAGCUGUGAGAUUUCUGGAAGCGAAGAUCAAUAUCUCGCAUAAGUUUGGGAAGGACUAUGAUCGAGAUCGGUUCUUUAAUGAGAUCAAUGACGCCAAGUCGAAUAUUGAUGAGCUGUCGCUGCGAGAUAUCCUUAGGAAGGAUUAUAAGCAGUGGCGAGAAGGUGAUCUGGAGUUGGGUAUCAGCAGUGUUGUACAAAACGUGCAGUAUCUGUGGAAGCGAGACGAGGAGCUUGAUGAGGUUGUGGAGAAGUGGGCGCAGGAAAGAAAACUCAAUCUUUUCGCGAUCAUGACUGCAUACAAUAAUGACGAAGGCUUCCAUCGACAAUUAGUCCUGUAUGCGCUAGACGAGAAGGGAAAGGAGGCUGCUGAGAAGUUUGCGGACAGUGCGAAGGACCUGCAACUAGAGGACGCGAAGGAUGGCGAUGGGAAGCAGCCUAAGGAAGGCUUCGUGCACUGCCACCUUUGGGAUCAGCACAAUCUUGCAGCGAGCAGAAAGCAAGUCGCGCCGUUGCUACGACAGACUAUGAGCUAG